GUUUAACGGUUUGUUUUACUCACACUUCGCUAGACUCUGGUUGCGAAAAAAAUAAUCGAUUAUUGUGAGUUGGUGGUGGAAAAAAACGGGAAAACCGUAUUUAUAAGUGAAAUUAGUUUUGUAAACGUCGAUUAGGCUUGGAUACACGCUUUUUUCUGUCGGUAAAAUGGGAAACUGCCACACCGUUGGACCGAACGAGGCCCUUGUGGUUUCAGGUGGCUGCUGUGGCUCGGAUCAAAAGACGUAUGUUGUUGGAGGCUGGUCUUGGGCCUGGUGGCUCAUCUCCGACAUCCAGAGAAUGUCUCUGGAGGUUAUGACCAUCCUCUGUCGCUGUGAGAAUAUCGAAACUUCGGAGGGUGUUCCCCUGGAUGUGACAGGGGUGGCUCAGGUGAAGGUGAUGACAGAAAAUGAACUGCUGGGUUACGCCUGCGAACAGUUUCUGGGGAAGUCAGUCACGGAGAUAAAGAGUGUCAUCCUGCAGACUCUGGAAGGUCACCUGCGUGCCAUCCUCGGCACCCUAACCGUUGAGCAGAUUUACCAAGACAGAGACAAAUUUGCUACUCUGGUGCGAGAGGUAGCAGCGCCUGAUGUGGGCCGCAUGGGCAUCGAGAUCCUCAGCUUCACCAUCAAGGAUGUAUAUGAUAAAGUGGAGUACCUGAGCUCGUUGGGCAAAACUCAGACCGCUGCUGUACAGAGGGAUGCAGACAUCGGAGUGGCAGAGGCAGAGAGAGACGCUGGCAUCAGGGAAGCUGAAUGUAAGAAAGAAAUGAUGGAUGUCAAGUUCUUAGCCGACACAAAAAUGGCCGACUCCAAACGAGAGCUGGAAAUGCAGAAAGCUUCCUUCAACCAGGAAGUGAACACAAAGAAAGCAGAGGCUCAGCUGGCGUAUGAGCUGCAGGCGGCCAAAGAGCAGCAGAAGAUCCGUUUGGAGGAGAUCGAGAUCGAGGUGGUGCAGAGGAAGAAGCAGAUUGAUAUUGAGGGGAAGGAGAUCGACCGUACUGACAAGGAGCUCGUCGCCACCGUGAAGAGACCCGCAGAGGCUGAGGCCUACAAGAUGCAGCAGCUGGCUGAGGGGCGGAAGAUAAAGACGGUGCUGGAGGCGCAGGCAGAAGCCGAUAAGAUCCGCCUCAUUGGUGAAGCAGAGGCCUCCUCUAUCGAAGCGGUGGGGAAAGCAGAGGCUGAGAAGAUGAGGCUGAAAGCUGAAGCCUACCAGCAGUACGGCGAGGCUGCCAAGACAGCUCUGGUCCUGGAGGCUCUGCCCCUGAUUGCCGGUAAGGUGGCUGCACCGCUGGCCAAGACCAAUGAGAUUGUGAUCCUGAGUGGAGAAGGCAGCCGCGUGACUGGAGAGGUGACCCGUCUAUUAGCUGAACUCCCCGUGUCCGUCAACGCCCUCACUGGGGUGGAUCUGUCUAAGAUGCCUAUGCUGCAGAAGAUGAUGAGCCCGCAGUGCCAAACAGCCAACUGAUGAAUCAGGCCAGAGACUUACUCUGAAUCUGUCAACAUUUAUCUGCCUCAAGCAUUGAGAGUUUGUUUGUCCUCUGACCCCUUAUGCAACUGCCUUUGACCAGAAACACUUGACACCAACCAAGUUUUUUUUGUUUUUUUUUUAAUAUUUUUAAGAGGUGUUUAAUUUUUACUAAAGGAAAAAAAAGCUGGGGCCUUUCUUCUACAGGACCAGCCUAUAUAUAUCUUCUGUUGUUUUUAGUUUAAAUUUUAAGACACACUGAUUCUCAUCACACUGCACUAGUUAGCCAGAAUUAUAUGCUGACCUGUUUUUGAAUGUUGGCCCACUUUGAUUGUGGGGGUGUGAAGGAAAAAAACACCUCAGUCUUCAAUAGUAGGUGCUGGAAAGAGUCCAAAACAUUACGGCCAAAUCUGAAUCUGAUUCUCUUUUCUGCUUGAAGUUUGGAGUGAACCACUUGCCUGUCGGGUGUUAUGACAUGUAUUCACCUUGGGAGCAGAGUGUCCCAGCUUCUACCUCCGAGCCCAGUUAGUAGACUGGUCCCAGUGUGGAAUGGGUCAGCUUUUAUUUGCUUUUAAUCUCUUAAUUCUUAGUUAACUCCAAGAGAAAUUGAUGGAAUACACUUCAGGCUCACCAAAUCUUUAAUUCACUGUGAUUGUAAAACUUUUUACAAAAUCAGUAAGAUUGGAAUCACACUUGCAUGAUAAUUCUUACCUCGCAGUAAACCAUCAUAUUGUCUCCUCGUUCUGAUGUGCAGUGCCUGUUCACCACUCAAGUGCCCAAACCUUAGGACAGUGGUUUGGCUUUGGUUGGAUUAAUGUCAGAGUAUAUCACUGUGUUGAUAGAUAAUGUUUUCAUAUUGUUCAUUGUUCUCAUCAUAUUUGCUUCUACUAACAACAGUGUUUACUCUCCACUUUUGUCACGUGUUUGGACAAAUAUAGGCAGAUAUAGACGCUAAGCAAACGCAUAACACAAAGCCAUACUUAGAGAAGAUUAGCCUUAAAAGAUACCUGCCACUCAACAUUUCUUUAUUACCCAAGUAGCACGUGGUAGACGUUCAGGGUCGGAGCUUUAAUUCCCGUUGUUACUCCUUCCUUAGUUCUCCUUCUGCUCAGAUGUGACAAUGUGUUUCUCCAAUGUUUUUCAUAGAUGUUUUGUAACUGAGUAACCUCUGCAGGUUGAACAUUGUGUUGCUUAUCUGACCACAACCAGUCUGUGAUGACAAAGCAGGAUUUUAGUGUCGGAUUCAGUUGGAAAGUUGGAAAAAGAACGUGAUCAGGUUGUAAACAUUGUAUGUGUUUGUGGUCUUCAGCUCAGUAAAUGUAAGCUUGAGCAAUGACCAAUGGCUUUCCCUGCUGCUGCAUACAAAUCUAAUGUAAUCAAAUGUCAGUUACACUUCCUAUGAAGCCCAUGUGAUGCAUUAUAAACAUACUUGUAGCAGUUGCAUAAUAAUCUGCUUAUAGAAAGUUACAGUUAUAAGCACUCAUAGUUACACUUUAUAACAAUAAUCAUAGCACAGUGAAAGCAUUUUAUGAUUUACAAGGAUGUAUUAUAUAUAUUUUUUGUCUAUAAUGCAUUAUAAACAUAUUUAUGAUGCAUUAUAGGAUCAGCCAACCCCACAGUGAUUAUACAAAUAUUGUAAUGUGUUGCCACGACCACUAUUCUGAAGAAUUAUGAUACGUGACAAAAAGGGUUGUCUAAUCAUUUUUUCCAUGACUGUAUGCAUGCUUGUAACAAUAAUUCUACAGUUCUAUGAGCAGAUUUAAAUACAUUAUAAGUAUGUUUGUAUGUGAAAUUACAGACAUAGGCUUCAUAGAAAGCAUCACCAGUUGUUCUUGUUGCUCUUGUUGCUUCAGGUCAAUCUUUUUUUUUUUUUUUUUUUAUUAACAUUUUUAUUAUUAUACUACAUAAGAUGGACACAAUACAACAACAAACAACCACAGUAAAAUAGAUCAGACAUAACAAACCACAACAAACACCACAAGACACACAUACACACACACACACGCAUAUACAAAAUCAGGUCAGUCUGAUUAAAACAUGUAGUCUGUUACAAUCAUUUAAGUGUCGGAAAGCCUGAUGACAAAUGUCCAAAGUGAAGGUUGAGUCGUGGCGUGAGAACCAGUUUGAGCCUCUAGAUGGCAGGAUCGUCACAGGAUUUAACCCAUAUUGAGUUCUCUUCUUCAUACUGAAUGAGCCUUUUUUUUUAUUUACAAGUUUUGCCUCUGUUUUAUUUCCCCUCGUGAAUUAUAAUUAACCACUUCACAGAAUCUGUGAGCGUUGUGAAGUUAUUCUAGUCUCGUCAUUUUCUUUUAUUUCCUGUGAAUAAACAUGACACGUGUGGCUUGUUUGGUCUGAGCAAAUUCCAUCUUGUUUCUGAAUUCCUCCAAGUUCAAAUGUGUUUCUGUCACCUGUAAAUGUUGAUUAAAAUGCUGCCUGGCUUGCCGCAGAUACAAUAAUUUUAUUAGCCUAUUGAUGUGUAAUAUUCCUUACCGUCAUUUGAAAUGGCCAGUAUUUUUUAACAAGUGGUUUAGGAACAUGUGAUAUCAGUCACUAACCAUUGAAACCUGACAAAGAUCACAUUAAAAGUGUGAGAAUUCUCUGCAGAAAGACAAAUGUUAUUUUUAAAUCUGCUGCACGACAGAUGAUUGACAGUUUUGGAUCUCAUUAGGUGAGAAAAACUGCCCUCCCAUUGUAGUUUCUAAAGACAUUUAACGGUUUAAAAUGUGGCAUGUUUUUUACAUAUCUGAGAUGAAUCAACUGUUAUUGUUGUUUCACGGCUGGGCAAAGGUUAAAGCAUCUAAAAAUGGGUAAAUCAUCAUAUUAUACAAUGUAAUGCUCCUUUUACUUAGAAAAGUAAAGUUUGUUUCAGGACACAGUGCCUUUGUUAAAUAAUAAACAGGUCAUUCACACUUAAAUGUGCAGUUUGUUGACACUUUGGCAUCUGGAUGAAAUAUUCUAUCAUAUAUUUACUGUAAAAAAAUAAUAACUUGCUUGUAGAAAAUGUUAUACAUAUAUACAGUUCAGCUGUAAGUUUUUCCUCUUUCUACUUUUUCUGUUUUAUGCAAUUUCUAACAUUCUGCACUGCAAAUGUACAAAGGAACACAUAUAAAUAUCUAGUUAAAUAUAAAUGUAGCAUUUAACAGCUUUUCUUUUGGAAUCUGGACCUCUUGGGAUUUUUUCUGUCAUACGUUUGGCCAUUAUACUGUGUGUCAGUUGUUGAUUUACAUUGUCUAAUCAGAAAGUGGCAUUUUAGAGGAGAAUGUGGUUAAAGACCAAACACUAUAGACCUACGCCUUAACUCUUUGUCUUCAUCUGAAACACAUCCAUCUGUCGUCUGUCUUGGAAAUAAUCUGUAAUCUCUUUUCAAAUGAUAUUGUGAUUUAUCUAUCUCAUGUUACACUGGCCUUUGGAAAACUGAUCCAGCAUGGCAUUUCAAGCACGUGUUCAUGUUACUCUGUGUUGUGUGCCGCCCUAUAAUAAAUGUUAUACCACUUCC